AUGUCGGCUUACCUAAACGCUUCUCAUACUGCCACUCGACAGACCGCAAGGCCAACGGACAACAAUGGAAAUCGUAUCAUUGAGAUGAUUCCACGCGCUCCAAGUUCUACCUCCUUCAAUAUCGCUCCUUCAGGCGAUUUCUUGAACCAAGCUGCUCUACCUCCUCAUCACCAGGCCCAGACACACAUCGACCCGAGGUGUCUGAAUGGUGGUCGCUUCCUCGGACUUCCGUUCCAGAAUACAUGGAAUGUUGGAAGCAGGUACAAUAUGCCGAAUGCCGUGGAGAAUUGGGAUUUCGUUCCCGCCGUUCAGCCAGAUAUCGCGCCUCGGGACCACCUUCACUGCAACAAUGUACAACAGGAAGCUAUUCCAUGGAAUAACUUCGCCGUUCUAGAAGUAAUGACACCGUUGAACCGACCAGACAACAGUCCUGUGGAAGGCAAGCAGAAAUACCCCUCUCCAGUGCGGCUGGGUGAAUUGCACGGCCAGAUCAACCUUCAGUAG